CCUGCACCCAGUACAUGCCCUCGCCAUCAUGACAGCCAAUGAUGAUGAUGAGGCCCCCCUCCUCAGAGACCCCCCGUUGCCAGUCUAUGGCGGUCUUGAAGGGCCGCCACCCACCGCCCAUCAGCCCUCCUUCAAACGGAAUCUGGGCACAGCUGAAGCAUUCAGCAUCAUAAUCAGCAUUGUCAUCGGGAGCGGAAUCUUUACCUCCCCUGGUGCCAUUGACUCCAAUGUUCCCUCGCCCGGGGCUGCCCUGAUUGUUUGGCUCGCGGGUGGCAUCCUGGCCUGGACAGGCGCCGCCACAAUGGCUGAACUGGGCACCGCGAUUCCCGGCGAAGGAGGAGUCCAACCUUAUCUUCAAUACAUAUUUGGUGAUGUUUUCGGGUUUCUCGCCGCAUGGACCUGGGUCAUUGCCAUCGUGCCGGCCUCCCUGGCCAUUGCGAGUAUCGUGUUUGUCGAGAGCAUCUACUCGGCCGUUGGAGUGACUGACCGAUCUGGCAAAUUAACACACAAGGCUUUGGCCAUGCUGGUGAUAAUUGUCAUUGGAAUGGCCAACUCAGUGAGUACGCAAUUCACGACUUGCCUGAAUAGAUUCUUCGUCAUGACCAAGUUCGCGGCCAUCCUGGCAAUCGUGACGGCCGCCUUUGGGGUCGUCUUAUCCCAUCUUGUCGGCUGGAAUCAAACACCUCAACCAGAAUCGCACGACUGGCUAACACGAUCUUGGUUUGGCCCCCGCAACACAGUCACGCUCGAUGGGAGCGAAAUCGAUUGGAGCAAGUUGAGUGGCUGGGAGACGCUCGGCCAUUGUUCGGCAGCUCUGUAUAGUGCCCUGUGGGCCUAUUCCGGAUGGGAUAAGGUCAUUUAUGUCAGCGCCGAACUGUCCGCACCGGCGCGCCAACUGCCACUGACUAUCAACACCGCGAUUCCUAUCGUCAUCCUCAGUUUCAUCGCGGUGAAUGUCGCGUAUUACAUUCUACUUCCAUGGGGAGUCGUUUCCACGACUGAUAGUGUAGCUGUGAUCCAGACCUCCUUCAGUCACCUACUAGGCCCAGUAUUUGGCAUCGCAGCGGCGGCUCUGAUCUGCCUGGUUGUUGCUGGCUCAUUACUAGGCUGCUCCUUUGUCGCAAGCCGCAUGGUUGUCGCUGCGGCCAAGUCCGAUUGGCUGCCUGGGUUCCUUGGCCGUAUUGGAUCAGUUUCCGGGCAAUCGACCUCGACGGCGGAUGCUCCGGUCAAUGCAAUUAUCUUCAACACCGUCUGUACGGUGCUAUACAUUCUCUUCGGGAACUUCCGAGCAUUGGUGACGUUUAAUGGGCUGGCGGAGUACACUUUCUUCUUUCUUGCCAUGGUCGGUGCGAUUAUUCUACGCAUUCGCGAGCCACAGCUUCACAGGCCUUAUAAGCCGUUCAUAUUCGCCCCCAUAUUGUUUAACUUGGUCAGUGGUUUGGUUGUCACGCGGGGGGCCAUAUUUGCCCCCAUGCAGGCUGUUGUGCUCAUUGGCGUCUGGGCGGUAGGAUUAGGCUUCUACGGGGGCAGAAGGAAGUGGUUGCGAAGAGGCGGCAAAGCAUCGUCACGCGCUUCUACUAGGCAUUAG